GAGCACAGCAGCCAAGGCUACAGCAUGUAAAGGAUGAAGAACCCCCAGGGUUCAGCCAGGGUAAAAUGACCUCUCAAAGUGCAAAGGUGUUGUUCUCGCUGGACGCUGAAGCUGUGGGCUCUCUGAAAGAUGGAGCUAAUUUCAAGAAAAACCCAGAGGAUGGUAAAUGUUACAUCAUUUACAAAGACAAGAGCAUCAAUGUUCUUAAAGCGUGCAAGAACCAGUGCAAACACCAAGGAGGGUUGUUCAUCAAAGACAUCGAAGACCUGGACGGCAGGACUGUGAAAUGCACGAAGCACAACUGGAAGUUGAACGUGUCAACGAUGAAAUAUGUGAACCCACCUGACAGUUUCUUGCAGGACGAGCUUGAAGUAGAGAUUUUGGAUGAUGGGGGGCUUCAGUUGGUUGAGUUGAGCCCCGUCGACCCCUGGCUGGCGGACCCUCGAGAGCCCGAGGAGCUCCAGGAAGGAGAAGUGAAGGUGACGUACAUCACCCACGCCUGCAUGAAGCUGCAGUUUGGGGAGACUUGCUUCAUGUUCGAUCCGUGGUUGAAGGGUCCUGCUUUUGCCCGAGGAUGGUGGCUCCUCCACGAGCCUCCAGCAGAUGCCAUGGACAGACUGUGCUCUGCAGAUCUCAUCUACAUCAGCCACAUGCACUCGGACCACCUCAGUUACCCAACAUUGAAAGACUUGGCACAGAGGAGGCCAGAUGUACCCAUUUAUGUUGGGGACACGUCGAGACCUGUCUUCUGGUAUUUGGAGCAAAGCCAAGUCCCACUGACCAACAUCAAUGUUGUUCCUUUUGGAGUCUGGCAAAAUGUGAACGAACACCUAAGAUUCAUGAUCCUGAUGGACGGUGUGCACCCCGAACUUGACACCUGCCUCAUUGUUGAAUAUAAAGGUCACAUGAUCCUGAACACUGUGGACUGCACCAGGCCAAAUGGAGGCAAGUUACCCAACAAUGUGGACUUAAUGAUGAGUGACUUUGCUGGAGGAGCAUCUGGAUUUCCCAUGACCUUCUUUGGGGGGAAAUACACAGAUUCCUGGAAGGAAACUUUUAUCAAAAACGAAAGGGUGAAGCUGCUGAAUUACAAAUCUGCGCUGGUGAAGUCCCUGGAGCCGAAGAUCUACUGCCCGUUCGCUGGCUAUUUCGUGGAAGCUCAUCCAUCAGACAGAUCCAUUAGGGAAACAAACAUCAAGAACAGUGCAGAGAACCUCAACGCGCUGAUCAAUAAAGUUGCACCAGACAUCAAAACAUGGACGCCCAAACCAGGCAGUGUGCUGGACCUCGGCCUCGCUCUGAGAGACCCCACUAACAGAGCGGCCAUCACUGAUCCCCCGGCUAAUGCACAAAUCUACAAGGACAGAUGGGAUUUCAACUUGUAUUUGAAUGAACUAAACGGCGCCAUCGGCUCUGAGAUAUUCAAACAUAAAAGCUGGAUCAAAUUCUAUUACUCCUGGGCAGGCUUUCAAAACUACAACCUUGUCAUGCGGGUGAUCGAGACAAAGGACAACUUUGAACCCCAUGCUGGUGGCUACGACUACUUGGUGGACUUUUUGGAUCUGUCCUUUCCCACCGCCAGGCCUGGCAGAGAGCACUUCUACAUUGAGAUCAAAAACCGGAUCAGCGUGAUGAGAUCUGCGGUGCUGCACGGCCGUCUCUGGGAUGAUCUGUACAUCGGCUUCCAGAACCACAUAAGCCGAGACCCGGAUAUCUACCAUCACAAGUUCUGGAACCACUUCCAGACAGAGCUACCAGUUUCCGCGCCAGACUGGGACGAGUUCCUGCAGCAGGCAGAGAUGGGUUCGUCCUGUGAAUUGAUGUGAAUAUGACUUAUUGUUGGGGUCUGGUAUGACCAGUUGCUUAUGGUAACUAAUGAUCGAAAGCUUUAGCAGGGCUUGUAUCCGAGAUAGUCAAUUUGCCUUACUGAACGACAUUUCUUUCGUUCAGUAAGGCAAAUUGAACGAAAUUGGCGUUUUUGCAUACUUAAUUUUAGCAGGUGAUAGGUAAACAUUUAGCUUAAAUAAAAGUUGAUAAGUGACGUAAACUUAGUGUACUUCGUCUGGAGACACUUUGACUUCUCCUCAAAAUGAUUUUUCUCUCACUGUAGUUUCAAAGCAUGAAGAGAAUACUGGGAAAUGGAGUACAUUCAAUAUGUGGUGACACUGGAACCUCUAGAAGGUCUGGAAUACAAUAAUGCAAUAAUAAUUCAUAAAAAUAAUUAUUAUUAGUUUACAGCCUGUUCCUCUUGUGUGUGUUUCCGUUUCUACUGCGUUUCAAAUGCAACAGACUCUUUUCCAGGAGAGUUUUAUUAAUUUAAUCAUAGGGAGUGUUGCUCACUUACACAAACACUACAAAGAGGUCAAUUAACAAAUGUGUGAAGGAACCACCUGCAAGUGACAUGCUGACAAAGGGUAGACAAUUAAGCUCCAAAGUAACAUACAUGUAAUACCUUAAAGGUCACCUAUUAUGCAAAAUCCACUUCUUCAUGUCUCUUCUACAUCAACAUGUGUCCCCUCUUCUUCAU